AUGGUGCGUCAGCUCCACAAUGGCAUGACGGCACGCAUCACGGACAAUGGAGUCACCUCAGAGGCAUUCGCAGUGACCAACGGAGUGAAACAGGGCUGUGUCCUCACGCCUAUCCUCUUCAGUCUCAUGCUCACUGCCAUGCCAAUAGACGUCUACCGUGACAAACGUCCGGGGAUUUGUGCCACCUACUGCACGACGGCUAACUCUUCAAUCAUCGGCGGAUGCAUUUCCAGUCGUGUGUAUCCACUAUUACCGUCAACGAACUUCUUUUCGCAGGCGACUGUGCUCUCAACACCACCUUCGGAGGGGAGCAUGGACCUCCUCGCCACCGCCUGUGACAACUACGACCUGAUUAUCAAUACGGGGAAGACAGCGAUUAUGCAUCAACCGCCAUCCAAGGCUGCCUACCACGUACCCUAAAUCAACGUGAACGGUGUCCAACUGGAAGCCGUGGACAACUGCACCUAUCUGGCAGCACCCUUUCCCGCAGCGCCAAAAUCGACGAUGAAGUAGCACGCCAAAUCUCCGAGGCCAUCCAAGCCUCCGUUCGCCUGCAGAACACCGUCUGGAAUCGUCACGGUCUCCACCUCAGAACCUCAACCGACGCUGCCGUAUGGAGCGGAGACCUGGACAGUGUACGAGCAGCAGGCGCAAAGGCUCAACCACUUCCACCACCGCUGUCUUUGAAGGAUAAUAAGGCUGAGGUGGCAUCGGAUUCCGACCACGGAUGUACUGGAAUGGACAGGAAUCCACAGCAUCUACGCCAUGCUGAGACAGCUGCAUCUGCGCUGGAGCGACCAUCACUUGCGUAUGGACAACGAGCGCUCACUCAAACGACUCUUCUAUGGAGAUGUCCUCAUGGGUUCCCACCGACAACCAGGUCAAGUCCAGCGCUACAAGAAUACCCUGAAUCGCCUGCAGAUCAACACGGCCAAUAGGGAAGACCUCACCCAGGAGCGACCGACCUGGAGGAGAGCAGUGAAAUCCAGCGCAGCAAUCGACGAAGACAACCGCAUAAGCUGACGGCAAAGCCAAAUGGGAAGCUCGUAAAUCUCAACUGCCUCCGCCUUGCAACGUCAACGCACAGCCACCCACAGCCUGCCCACGCUUCCAGCGGACGCGCGAAGCACCAGUCGGUCUCAUUAGACAUCUUCUUAACAACUGCAGCACCGGACUAUACCAGCUGUUGUCUCCUCCUCCAACUCUGCCUCAUCCUCCACGCCGACAACUAACAUUGAUCUCACCCCCACAACCAUCCUCCUCCGUCGCCUCAACAUCUGCUACGGAGGCUCCUGCCUCCGCCACCGCUGCACAAAAUUCUGACGCGCCGGCAAACACCAACCUCACCAUCGUCAACACGAGCGACGUGGACUUGGUCCAUACUGGUCCUCAUUGCGAUCGCACCUUCGCCUCACACACCGGUCUGGCCGGUUACUCGCACAGGGACUGGUGA